GCUUGUUCUACAGGAAUUAUCAUAUAAAACUCGAACAUAACAUACAAGAAAAUUAAAUUAUUCCUUUUUGGUCUUUAGUGUGAUUCAAUUGAUGUUGUCAUAGUUAGAACUGACAAUGCCCGGGGAUAAGAGGUUGUAAGAGGAUAUUCUUGAUUAAGACAAAAACAGAUAUUACUAACGCACCUACAAAUUGUAUGCAUGCGCCAUACGGAAUUUAUAUCCCACAUAUUCUUAAGUCUUUUAUUUUCGAACUUUCGGCUUAACGAUAUAUAUUUUUCAAAAUGGAAAUUUUAUCAGUUUUUUGACACGACAGACCAAUAAAGUGAGACGGCAUCCUAAUCUUGCACUACCAGACACGUUGUUACACACCAUAGAACUGACGAGAUUUGACGAGAAAAUACAGACCGACCACUUACACAAUGGAGAAAUUAGUUUUUGGGAGUAUUUAUUUGCUAUCAAUGAUUUUGGUAUGCUUGGCAGACGAUGUAACAGACGAAGAAUUAUUAAAAACGUUACUAACAGACCCAUCAAGGGACAGACUUCGAGACAUUGUGGAUGAAAUUUUAUUAGAUCAAGAAACUCCUUCCCUUGACGCUCUGUUAGAAGCUGACGAACGACAACGGACGUCAGGAAAGAGAAUAUUUUGUAACGGGGCCGUCGGUUGUAUAAACAGAUUUAGACGCAAGAAUGAAGAUUUGGAAGAACAAAUGCCGCUGAUUAAAAAGCGUCCUUUCUGCAAUGGAUUCUUCGGAUGUGGGAAUGGGAAACGGUCCUAUAAUGUACCUGUGAUAAGAAAUGAACAAAGAAGACCUGAACAGAAAAGGCUUUUCUGUAACAUGGGUGGGUGUGGAAAUGGAUAUGGAAAGAGAACUCUGUAUUCUGCUUUACUUGACCGACUUCAACCAGAAGCGGACGACAAAAGCCUUUGAAAAUAGGCGCGAAAGAUAACACUUUUAAAUAAAAACAACAGACAAUUUCUAAUCAAGAUGGUUUUCUUGACGAUAUUUAGUCGUCUGCGCAUUGAAAUUGUCGAAAAAAAUUACACCAAAACUUUAAAGUAGAUAAAAAAGUAUUUAUAUUUUCUUUUGGAGAUAUGAUUAGAUUUCUAUUGAUUUGUUUGGUGCUUGAGUGAUAGUGAAAGCCUAAGGAUGUAUCUCGAACACUAUUUUUGUAAAUAUAAUAAUAUUAGUUGUUUUUUUAUUUUCUUUAAAACUUUUUUUCUCAAAAUAGCAAGUUACUUUUCGAUUGCUUUUGUUGUUGAUUUUUGCUGUUAGACUAUUUCAAAAAGUGAUAUGUUAUAUAUUAAAAAGAAAACAUGAUCAGAAGAUUUAAAACGUCUUUUCAAGCAGACGAUUCACAUGAUGUUUGCUUCUAUUCUUGAGUUACCAAACCUCCCUUGUAGAUUGCAUUAAAUUUGUUUUAAUUUCUAAUCUUUUCUUUAUUGUUUAUUUAUAAUCAUUUUUUACUUAUUUAUUGAACUUUUUUCAUACUUUACAUUAUGAUCUUGUUUUCUUCCAUUUUGCUGUAGAAGGGCCUUGAAUAAUUUCCUCUUUUCCGUUUUAAUUAUUGUAAGGACUGUUGACAGAUUGAAGUUUUCUAUUCUGAAUAAUGCAGAUACUGUCAAGUAAAUAUCUAAUUACUUUUUAUUUUUUUAACAAGUAUUUGUUUUUCUUUUCAAGUUAAAAGAGACGAUGGUCGUUUCUACAACGUCAUUAUAAACAUAUAGUGACGCUUGCUUUAAAAGGAAUUAUCCACAUAUCUUGUUGUAGAUUAAAUUUACGACUCUUUCUGUCUGAAAUAGACCGUUAAUUGUACUAUUUCUGUCAUGGCGUUAUGGAAAUGGAACUGAUUGGUUCUAUCUUUACUAGCUCUCUAAUUUAGAGAUAAAUAUUUGAUAUAGUGAGCAUACUUAUAUAAUUUUUCAUGAUCAAGUCAGUGGAAUUAUAUUACACAUUAGUGAAUUUCAGAAAUGUUCAUGCUUAUAGAUUUCUUUUUAUCUAUAAUCACUAAUGUAAAUCAUUGAUUAUCAAAUAAAUUUGGAUUGAACUGUACAA